AUGAAAAAAUGUUCAGCUGUUAAAAAGAUUCAAGUUCAGAAAAGUUUACCCGGCAAUAUUCACAGAACUAUAUAUCCUGGUAUUAGUUUAACAAAUUUUACACAUUCAUGGCGUGAUGGUUUAGCAUUUCUAGCUAUAGCACAUCAAAUCAGAUCAGAAUUGUUUACGUUUGAAUCUCGACUGGAAAAAACACCAAAUCAAAAUUUAUCACUUGCAUUUCAUUUAGCAACAGCGGAAUUCGCCACUCCAAGACUAUUAGAACCGGUAGAUAUGCGUCCUGAGAAUAUUGAUGCUAGAUCAACUGCUGUUUAUCUCUUAGAACUACGUAAAGCCGUUGAAAGAGACAGGAAACGUCGAUCAAGAGGCAUUCUAGAAAUACAAACAUCUGCAAUGAUUCAUGGACAGUCGAAUGAAGAACCGAAUGUUACCGUUGAAAGUCGAUGUUCACCGACAUCAACAUGUAGUACGUCGGAACCUUCUUGGCUUGAUGAUGAAAUUGAAGGUGGUUCAGAUGAUGAAACUUGUGAUAUAAAUCGUCUACCUGAUCCUGAUCAUUUUGCUACAGUAAUUGAAACUACAUUAGCAUGGUUACUAGCUAUGGAAGAACAAUUCGGUCAAAAUGAUAUACAAGAGGAUCCACGUAAUUUUACCAGUAACAAUUAUACAAUGAAUAAAAGUGACCAUUUACAAUCAGUACAUAAUGAAGAAGAUAAAAAUUUCAUUCUGCGUCUUCAAAGAGCCAGCCCAAAUGAAACAAAAUUAAUGCAUGCGGCAAUUUUGAAAAACAUUGAUGAAGCCAGAAAUAAGUUCGAAUUACAUGAGGAUUUAACUGCCCAUUUAUCACGUCGUCAAAUGGCUGUUGGGCGUUGUCUGCGUCUUGGCAAUCGUUUAAUAAAAACUCAUGAAAACUUAGAUAAUAUUCUGAAAAAUAAUGAAAUGUCAAAUCAAAGCGAAGCAAACAGUGAUCGAACUAAUAUUGGUUCUAUUGAUGAAGAGAAUGCUGAUAGUGUAGAUGAUACACAAAGACAACUAAUAACACAACAAAAACUUCGUGAAUUAGAUCCUACUGUCAUCCAACGACAAACCGUUCUAUUAGCAACAAGAUGGAAUAAUCUUUGUCGUUUAAAUACUGCUGUAGGCAAACGUAUAACAGCAAGUUUACUUAGACGACAAACUAUGCUUUUGAGUGCUAUACGUAUACAAUUAGAUAAAUUGGAAAAUGAACAAACAGCCCAAUCCAAUCAACAAGUUGGUCCAUCAAUUGCUGAUGUAAAAAAACAAUUAGAAGCAAAUCGAUAUUUAGAACAAUUAAUUGAGUCUGGUGAAGCAUUAGCAGAACGUUUAGAUAAUUUCAUAACUAUUGUUCCAAAGAAGAUAUCAGAUGACGAAGAGAAAUCUGUGAAUGAACGUGGUGUAGAAAACAUAAUUGCUGAACUAGCUACACGUUGGAGUCGUUUAGUACGUUGGGUAAAUACACGUUAUGCCUGUUUACAAAAUGCUUUGCUAUACUGGAGACAUUUUGAAGAAGAAGCAAAUGUCUUAUCUGAUUGGUUAGAUGAACGUACAGAUGAAGUGAAUAAAGUGGUUGCCAACUUGGUCCCAUCAGUGUUGAAUAACCAUUCGAAUAAUUUCUCAACAAUUUCACAUUCAAGACAUAAUUCUUUUGGUAAUGAUACUGACUUGAAUGAACAAAAAUUAACUAAUUAUAAAUUACUGGAAAGAGCUGGAUCGACUGGCAGUUCUGUUAUGCAAACACAAGAUAGCAUGGAACGAAUUACUGCUUCAAAAGAUAACUUAAAUCGUGAUGGUCUACAACAAGUGUUUUUAAAUCAAAGCGAUGCAGAAAUGGAAGCUAUCGAUGCUUGUUUAUCACCACACGAAUCCAGGUGGGCACAGCUUCUAGCCAGUUUAGAUCGUCGUGCACAAGCUAUACGUGAAGCUUGCGGUGAUACAGAUAGUGUUAGUCGUCUAGUUGAAAAAAUUGUCGAUCAAUUAGUAUCACGUUGGAGUCAACUACGUGAUCCACAAAUCAAUUGUGAAGAUUGGCCAGAGAAAGAUAUAACAGAUAUUGAGAAAUAUGUUGAAUCUACAACUAAAACAAGUCUGUUGAGUAGCAUUCCAAAUAAUUCUAUAAGAUAUCCACAGAAUCCACAAUCAGAAGUUAAACGAUCUGUAGAAGGCGGCCAUCUGAUCAUUCCAAAAGCAUCAAAAAUUUCACGUUUCGAUAUGCAACCUCCACCAUCACCAACUGGUUAUCGUGCAGAGUUUGAGACAAAAGCCGAAGAACUAUUAAAUUGGCUAGAUAAUUGUGCGGAGAUUUUAGAAUUAAUCACAAUGGAUAAACGUCGUGCACUUGAAGCAAGUGGGCAAGCCCAAAAUGUGAGCCAGAAAGUCAAAUCUUUUCAUUCGGACGAUAACGAUGGUUGCGAUGGUGAUGAUGAUGAUGAUGACGAUGAUGCGGUCAGAGUAAUUAAUCGUGUAACCAAGGAACUUGAAGACUGGCGGCAUAUAAAACAACGUGUCCUACUCCUAGGAGAACAAUAUCGCGACGAAUUAUCACAAGCCGGUGAAAAUAUAGAAGAGCUCGACCAAUUAUUCGAUGAAAUUGAAGAAAGAUGGACAUAUCUUGAUAAAUUACUUAUUGAAGCAAAUCGUCAAGUGAGAAUUUCCAAACAAAGUGUUGAAUUUCAACAGGAAGCAGCUAAAAUACACGCACUAUUGACUCGAUCAAACGAAGAUAUAUUACUGGAUUUGAAAAAUGAAGAUGAUUCGAAAGAAAUUGCAGAAUCUGAAUUAUACACUAAUGAAAUGGAAUUGCAAUCCGCCAUGGAAUCGGAAAUCGAUAGUGCACAAAUUCAUAAAAAAUUGGACGAUAUCAAAUCACUCAUAGCCCAAGUGAAAGACGCUAUAUCUCAACCAAUCAACAUUGGUCAUCCUGAAGAUGCCGAUGAACAACUAAGCAAUUUAAAUAAAAUGAUCAAAGAUUUUGAAGCUACUAGCCAUUUUCUAGCUAAUUGGGAAGGGAAUUCAUUCAGUCAGCUGGAAUCCUCAUCAUCAUCUUCAUCAGUUAAAUGGAAUGAAACAUUAAAAGAUUUACGUGAACAAUAUAAAACUGUUUGUACAGAUUUAAACAAACGAAUUGAUUUUCUACAAGAUUUAUCGGAACAGCAUGAAUUGUUUUUGAAUCAAUUUGAAGGAAUUGAAAAAUGGCUUGCUGAUAUGACAGAUUAUUUGGAUUCAGUAUCAAGAGCACAUCUGCCAUCGGUACCAGUUAUUCAAGCUCAAUUACAGGAAAGUUGUGAAGCAUUAAACGAUAUGAAAACAUUAAAGCCAACCUUACAAAAAGUUGACGAAGUCGCUCAUAGACUUUUGGAAUACUUUAGUCCGGCUUAUGCUGAACUUACCACUAAUCGACUUCAAGCAUUGCAUAAUGACUGGAAUGAAGUGAGAAAUUUAACAAAAUCAAAUAGAGAUCAUUUGAGAGCUAAAUUAGCUGAAGCGAAUAAUUUAACAAUGAUGGGUAGAAAUCAAGAAUUCCCUGGUACGACAAUGUUGUCGAAUUUAUCUUCUUCCGCGUCAACUUUAAUUAAUACACAUGUACCAAACAAUAAUAUAAAUUCUACUACUACUAGUACUAAUACUACAACUACCACUGCUACUACUACUACUACUACUACUACUACUACUACUACUACUACUACUGAUAAUAGUAAUACUGAUAACAAUACUACUAAUAAUGAGAUCUCAUUGUCGACAUCAAAUAAUGAAUUACCGACAAGGAUGUCUUCAACUACUCCUCCCACUAUUACCACUAGUUCAAGUACAGUGCAAGUAGAUAUUGAAAAAUUGAAAGCAUGGAUGCAUCAAUCAAAAAAACAAUUAUCACAAUUUUCCAUUAUAGAUGAUCCAAAUGAUUUGAAAAAUUUGGAAAAUAUGAUCAAGGCAAUCAGUGAUAAAAUCAUUGAAAACAGACCGAUUUUAGCUGCAAUCGAUACAUGUAACGCUGUCAGUAUAACAGGUCAACCUAUUUUAGACACUGAAGCCCUACUGACCAAAGCUCAUUUUGCUGAUUUAGAAUCGGCUGUUGCUGCAGAACGAGAACGUUUAAUGGCGGCAAUUUAUCAUUUAGAUGAUUUUAAAACUGUACUGAAUAGUGAGAAACGAUGGUUCGAAGCCGUCAGAACAAAUAAUGAACGUGUUAAGAGCAGUAGUUACUCAGAUAUUAGUGAAAUAACAGAUGAUUUAGAAACACUUGACAGAUUGUCAAAAGAGCAUACUAUUGACGAUGAAGAGCGUUUAAAUAAAUUAGCUAAUGCAUUACAUGAAUCAUGCGUUAUGGGUAGCGCAAUCAUGAAAGAACUUGAAAAAUAUAAAACAGAACUAACAUUAGUUAAAGUUGAGAUUAAUUCGACAACAAGUUAUCUACAAAAUUUACUUGAUCAAUUACGUUCAGUGGAUGAACGUGUAAUAGAAGUUGAAACUAGUUUAUUGAACAUUGAAGAUGACUUGGAUAACUAUUUUUUCAAUACGCAAUUCAACAGCGAUAUUAACGAGUUAGCAGAUAAAUUGCAAACACGUAUAAAAAAUGCUAAUAAUUUGAUCAAAGAUUUGGAAGAAAUGGUUGAAUACAAAUCAUUACAAUCAUGUACAGAUUGUUUGACUAAUCGACUGGAAAGUUACAAAGCUCAGUUACAGGAACGCGUUGAACCACUGAGUAAAAUCUUACCGCAACUAUUCAAUCCUACAAUACAUCAGUCAAGGUUUAGCCAGUUAAACAUGGAAUUACAGCAGAUUGAAAAUAAACUUUGUACUCUAGAAGUUAUAUCCAUGGAUCCAGAGGAUAUCAAAGCAGCAGUCAGUAGUGGACGAAAAAUGCUUGCAACAUUGAACGAAUUAAAGACUGAUUUAUUAAAUAUUAUGGAUGAUGAUGAAGCACUAUAUACUAAUGGCAAACUAAGCAAUGAAUGUUUAAACAUAUUAUCUGAAAAACAUAAUGAAUUAGUUUUGCAAAUUUUAUCUGCAUUAGAACGUCUAGAUAAAGCUUCAUCAUUAAUUGAAGAACUGGAACAGCUUAUGUCGCAAAUUAAUGACAAUUUGUUAAGUGUUGAAGAGGUAACUGAUUAUUUAGAGACAGCUGAUUGUCCUGUAUCAAGGAAAGAUUUAAUUCAAAAAAUUUAUUUACAAUUAACACAUUUAUGCCAAGAGAAUGGUACAGUAUGUCAUAUUAGACAAGUAGCUGAUAAAUUGAAAUUAUUGACACCAGAAGAUAAACCAGAAUUGACUGUUGACUUAUUCAAUGAAAUUGAAGAUCAUUUACAUAAAGUGAUUAUGGCUAAAGAAAUAUUUCAAUCACAAAUGGACGAGGUGGAAAAAGAUGCACAAUGCAGUGAAUUAUCAGAGAAUCCUAUGAAUCAAUUGAAAUUACGCCAUAUUCAUACUCCUGAAUUUAUCGACAGACUCACAGCUGAAGUUUAUUCAAACUCCAUGAUCAAUAAAUCAUCCGCUGAUUAUUUACUAUCAAUUAAUCAUUUAAUUGACACCCUAUUAAAAUCUGGUACACAAAUAUCACCAACAUUACAGAAUUUAGCACGAGAAAUUCGAAUACAUUUCAAUGGAAUAGUAAAUUUUAGUAGUUAUUGUUUAGGAACCAAUGGACCAUUGUCUUUGGCACAAACUGAUUCAUCUGGCAAAGAUUAUCAACACUGUGCAAACAACACGGUUUUUGAAACUUCAAUCUCUGAAAGAAGGAUUUUGUUACAGACCUACAUCAAGUUUACAGAAUCUUUAUUCGCACAACAAAGAUUGUAUCUGGAAACGCGGUUAAGAGAUUUGAUUGUGAUUGGUGGGAAUAACAACUCGUCUGAUCGACUUGAAGAUUUGUUAAAUUUGCAGAGUUUAUGGUAUGAAACUAAUGAAAAACUGGAUAAGCAAUUCCACGAAACAACUCUACUAGAAAAGCAACUUAGUAUGGCACAACAAUUAUUAAUUGAUUAUACCAAAACUCCCACAACUGAACUUUAUGAUCAGUGCAUAAAAAUUUUAAAUGGUUUAGAGGAAACUUAUGGUUGGAAACUGACUUUAGACAGAGAACGAUUAAAACAUAAAGAUUAUUUGGAUACGAGUCUUAUUAAUUUAAAAAAUAAAUUUAUUACCGGUGAUCAUAUCAUAGUAGAUGAGGAAUUAUUGAAUAUUUAUGAAAAACAAUUACAAUGUACAAGUCGUUUAUUAAACUGUAUACAAAAUGAUUUAGAAUGUUGUCGAGAUGGUUUGACGUCUCAGCUUGGUGCAUAUAUGGAUACUUUAGAAAAUGAAUUAAAAACUUGUAAUCAAUCACUGAUAGAUUCAGCGAGAAUCCUUCAAGAAAUCAAUGAUGAUGUAAAGUUGAAGCGAGAAAAUCAAACAAAUCAAAGGCAUUCUGAAAAUUCAGAGAAUAUCAAUGUUAUUGCUGAAGACAAUGAUGAAAUAGUUUGGUUGAAAGUUCUACUGUCAACACAAAAAAGCCGUUUAGAUACCUAUACUGAUGAAUAUGAAUUAAAUAGGCAUGAUUGGCUUAAACGUUAUCAAUUGUGGCAGUCAUUCAAUGAACGAUUAAAAGAUUUACAAAUGACAACUAACCAUUUACUCAAAUUACAAAAUGAAAGCAAUCAGAUCAAACUCUCAGAUAUUGAGAACAAAAUAAAGGAUACAUGUGUAGAAUUCGUCUCACUACGACAGCAUAGUUCCCAGUUGAUCAAUAUGAAUUCAACACGUGUGAAAGCACCUGUGAGACAACAUUCAUUACCAUCUAGUAGUGCAAUAUCUUCAACAAUGACAACCUCAGCAUUAACAGGAGCAGUAGCCGCAUUAACAAGCAGCUCAACCAGCCCAAAUUCUGAAAACGAACUAAUGGCAACAGCUACAGAUAUCCACAAUAAAGAUAAACCGCCAUCAGUUCCACCUCGUCGGCACAGUCUAUAUCGUGGAUAUAGUACUCAGUCAAUAGAACACGACCAUGAAUUCGUAAGAUAUGAAUUAAAUAGAUUAGAAAAUGAAUUACUUAGUUUGUGUCGUAAAUAUGGGACACUAAACUAUGUCACACAACCUUCAAACGUUAAAAAUUUAUCAAACAGUUCAAUUUCUCCAGAGAAAUCAGUAAAUCGGUUCGAUCAGUCACAAGAACUACAUAGUAAUAAACUGUCUAGUGAAAAUUGCACUAACAAUAACAUUAAGAAUAAACAAUCUUCCAGUCAUGUAUUUUCAGUCAAAGAGAUACCAGUUAAUUUUGAACACUCAACAGUGACCGACUCUGUGGAGAUAAGAGAUAAAACUGUGCAAUCAGAUGAUAUAAGAACAUGUUUAACUGGACUGAAUGAAUCUAUUGAUUGGUUCACUCAUGAGUCUUGCCUGAUUCCAGUAAAUAUAUCUGAAUAUAUGGAUAGUGGAAAGACAUUAGAUUAUUACUUCAUGGAUGAUCGUUUCUGGUGUACAAAAUCACAAACUAAUCAAUCUCCGAAUAACAAUGGCACGAAUAAAAAACAAAUUGAAGUGAACAAUAAUUAUGUACAAUUAAAAUUGAAAGAACUUGAUAAUAUCGAAUGGAAAUCAAUGGAUUGGAAGAAUUGUAUCGACAUAUUUAGCGAUAAAUCUAAAGUACUACUUAAAUCAAACAUAUUAUCAGAUCAAAGUACAGAAUUGAGUAAAUUAGAAGUAACAUGUGCUAAAUCACAAAUUAUUUUAAAUUUCGCUUUUAAUUCACUACUGAACUAUCGAGAAAUUUUGCAUACAUUUAAAACUAAUCUAGCCAAAAUUGAAGGCUCUAUAAGACAAAUUGAAUUGAUUAAAAAUUCAACGGAAGAUCCAGAUCAUCUUAUUCAAGAAUUGAGUAUAAGUAAAUGGUUAAAAUUAUUGUGUCAACAAACAACACCAUCUAAAUCAAAGCGUGAUGGACUUGCAACAAAUGAAUUCAUCAAAGAAUUAGAUCCUCAAUAUGGUAAAUUAGGUAUACAAUUAGUGCUACUUGGUAAUCUCUGGAAUGGUGCACAAAAUCAUCUGUAUGAUUUAAAUAAAAAUAAUACUGAUUCAUUGGAAUUCAUAUAUUCUGCAUCAAUUCGAAAUUAUGUUCAAGAUAUUUUAAAUGAAUGGAACAAUUUGAGUAACGCUUUACAAUUACCAUCAACUUCAUUGGAAUUCAUAUCUAGUAAAAAUUUGAUAGCAGAAAAUGACUCUCAUUUGAAUAAUAAACCAAUAUCGGAGAAUACAGUCGGGAGUCAAACAGUCAAAACUUUAAAUGAAUCAGCUUCUUCCUCGGCAUUAAUAACAAGUCAAAUGGACGACUCUUAUUCAAUAAAAGCUAAAAAAGCAGAAGACACCGUUGAAUCACUACCAAUAACUUCGGUUAUUUCAAAUCCAGCUGAAACUAAUUCUACAAUAUCAACUAUAAUAUGUCAUGAAUCUGUAUCACCUAUAUUGAAUCGUAUGCGAAAUGAAAUACAACAAUUAACGCGUUGGUUAACUACAAUCAGAAAUAUACUGGAAACUAGUCAAGCAAAACUUGGUGAUCGAUUUGAUCAGGAUACUGAAAGCCAACAAUUACAGCAAAUUAAGCAAGCUGUAACUGAAGGUAUUGUAUCUGAAAAACUGGUGACCUAUCAUCCUGCUACUAUACAACUUAAAAUAAAACAAUUUCUUACUGAACUUGAAGCACGUAAACCACAAAUAGAAAGAAUACAUUAUGAAAAAGAACGUCUACUAUCUUGGACAACAAAAAAUGCUUCAGUUGAAGAAUUAGCUAUACAAAUAUCUCGCUUACUGUCAGGAUUUGCUCAAGCCAUUAUAGAGCUUGUAGAAGAUGAAACUACUCCAGUUACUACUAGUACUUAUGACACCAAGUCUAGUAGUUACACUACCACUAACAGUAAUAUCAACAAUAACAUCAGUAGUCAUGUCAGAUCGACAACCAUCAAUGAUAAAACUGAGAAAACUAGUGAUACAGUUAAUCAUUAUCAGACGACCAUGCAAAAUAAAAUGAAUUAUUCUGUAAUGAAACAAUCAAAUCAUGAUAUCACAUUGUUGGCUAGUGAAACACAACAACAAAGCUUGUCUGCAACUUCAACAUCAUCGUUUCGGCCAAUUUCAGUUCAUUGUGAUUCAAUAAACAUUGAUACCAACCAAAAUUCAGUUCAUCCUUCGAUGGUUAAUAAUUCAUCAUUAUUAUACAAAGAUAAUAUAACUUGUGCAGUGCGUACCAAUGAAAUGGAUACUGGGAUUAACAUGGAACAAUUUGCCAAUCGCCCACAGGAGUAUGCUAAUGAGGAUGUUGAUAAGCAUAGUUUACAUAUUGACACUGAAAAUAAUAACAAUAUUAUUAUUCAAGAUGACUAUCAUGAUUCAACUGAUACAGAUUCUUGUUUAACUGAACCACAAAUAUCACCAAAUUAUUAUCAUACAAUGGAUAGACGUUAUAGUUUAGAUGAAUAUGAACCGAAACUAUUCAGUUCAUCUGUCUUACAAUGGAAUGAAAAAAAAUUCAGUAAAGAAGAAAAUCAUGAUGAAGAUGUAAAUGUUGAUCAGUUACAAAAUCAAUGGAAUUCAGUUGAGCAACAAAUGAUUGAACGUUCAGAAAAGUUGGAUCAAAUGUUAUCAAGUAUACAAACUUUAAAAGAAUUAGAACGUGAUGUUGAACGCGAAAUUAGCAAAACAGAAGCCGAUUUACAGAGUAUCGAUGCAUCGAAGAAUCAAUCAAAUGACCAAAGUUUAUCAACUUCUAGAAUCCUCGUUAUGAGUCCCGAAGUAUGCCGCAAACACUUACAGGAACUGAUUGAUAGUUUGCCACAAAGAAGCAGUAAGAUUGCCUUUUAUCAAAAAGAAUGUGAAGCAAUUAUGAAACAAUUCCAUACGGAAGAUACUAGCCGAAUGCGUGCUGAUAUGGAGCAAACAAUUAAACGUUGGAAUGAAUUAGAAAUUUCAAUCAAUAAAUUGAAAGAUUUAUAUCGUCAAGAACCAAUAACACCAAUAUAUGAUCAUUUUAAAGUACAACAAAAUAAAUUGAAAGAUCGAAGAACAUCAAGUUCCGAUGGAAUACGUAAACCGACAUUAAAUGAACAAUUAGAAAUUAUUGAAAAUAAAUUUAAUCAAAUUUCUAAACUUGAAGCAGAAUUAAAUCAAAACGGUUCAAAUAUGGAUAUUCACUUGUUGAAUGAAAAACGAGCACAUCUAGUUACAGAAUCACAAACAUUACAAACAGAAAUUAACAUAAUAGCUACUCAGAUUGCCAGUAAUUCAAAAUCUUCAGCACAAGCAUUAAAUGUUCUGCCAAAUCAAGAAUUUUUCAAACGUCUACGUCAAUUAAGAGAUAAAAUUGCUAAUCUACGACGAACAAUGCAACUACAUUCCAAUCAGUCACAUUUAUAUUUAACUAAAUUAAAGAAAUUAAACGAUUGGUUAUCACAUAGAGAUGCUGCGUUUCGUGAAAUUCUUGUACCAGUUCAAGGCGAUAUGGGCAAUGUAAUCAAUUUAAGGGAAAAAUUAUUAGGUUUAUUUCAAGAACUGAAUAUAAAUCGACUACAAAUUGAAGAAGUUCUAUGCCAUGGUCGAACACAAUAUGAUACUGUGAGCCAAACUAAAUUGAAUAUGUCAACUGAACGUGAAUCCGAAGUCGACUCAGAUGUAUCCGAUUCAGGAUGUAAGAGUAAUCAUGAACAAAAAUCUAGCAUAGAAGAUCGUACUACACGAAUAAAUCGUCGAAUAACGCGUCAUUUGUAUCAUUUAAAGAAAAAAUGGUUAAAUUUAAAUAAUAACAUGUUAGAUUUUAAAUGUCAGCUCGAUGGUAUAUGGGAGCGCCUAUCCAAUUUUAGUUCAUUGUUAAAUGACACAGUAGCUCAGGUGAAAAGUGCUGAAUCUGUAACACUGAAAUGGAUCCCUUUGGAGUUUUUGCCAAGUGAACAUAUAAAAACCGAACUCGAUCAGACAAAGUCUUUUUAUGAAGCCUGCGAACCAUUGGCUCACUCAUUGGACAGCCUAGAACGACAAGUACUUCAAUUACAAGAGAUACAAGUACAAAUUGAACCAAAAUUACGUGUACAGCUUAACUGUAUCAGAAAUGAGUUUGAAAGAAUUCGUGUUAUUACACAAACAAGAAUUCAUCAACUUAAUCAAAGUUUAUCAGCGCUACAAAUGAUGCCACAAAGGCCGAAAUAUCAAACGGUUACACGUAAUUCCUCCCAACGUACUCAAGCAUCAUGUCAUGAAACCACAGAACUAAUGGAUCAAAGUAUACCGGCGGCUUCGAGACAAUCAAAAAAUGUUCCGUUACACGACUCCGUUCGUCUACCAUGGGAAAGAUGUGUUCAUCCGUCCGGUACACAGGUUCCAUAUUAUAAAAAUCACGAAACCCAGGAAACCCAGUGGGAUCAUCCGAUUUUAUGUGAUCUAAUGAAAUCUAUGAAACAAUUUAAUACUGUUCGAUUUUCUGACUAUCGAACUGGUUUGAAACUACGUCGAUUACAGAAAGAAUUAUGUUUUGAUUCCAUAAGUAUCUCCAUUGUUGCUGAGAGUUUAAAACAUAUUGGUCAUUCACAAACACUAAGUAAUCCCAUGCUUGGUCAACAGACAACUGAUCCAUUCGAUCGUACGAUUAGUGUACCUCAAAUUAUCGAUUAUUUGCUACAAUUAUUUAAUCAUACAAGGACUUUGUAUGGAUUAAAUAACAAUAAUAAUAAUAAUGACAAUUACAACAAUAAUAGGAAUCCUACCACUAAUAUUGUUUACGGACAUAGUUCUGGAGUCCAUACGGAUAAUUUGAAAUCAGAUGACCCAGCUGUAAAUGAUGUUUACGGAUCUAAUUCCAACUUGAAGAGUGGCAUUAACGAACGCUAUUCAACAUUGCCAGGUUCACGACCUUCUGAUUUCGACUUAAAAUCCAACACAGUUCAAUCUCAAAAUAACUCAAGAAAUUGCAUGGGUAGUUUUCUACGUUCAUCUUCAACAAUACGUCCAAGUAAACCAGUAUUGUUUUCUUUACCAUCAGAUGAAACUGAAAACAAUAGGAAAUUGACUAAAACACCUGUACGAGAUCCGGGCUGUCAUACAGCAGAAACUGAAAAUGCACUGAGUGAAGAUAAUCGAAGUUCAAGUUUACCUGUAUGCACAAUUAUGCAAGUCAACAAUUAUAAUAACAAUAAAGAUAUGAACAGUGUAAAUCGUAGUCGACGAAGUUCAAUGAGACGUAGAAAACAUUAUCUAAUUGGUUCAAUUAAACGUCCGGUGAAUGUAUGCGUUGAUCUGAUAUUGAAUUGGUUAUUAAAUGUUUAUGACCGAAUGCGAUGUGGUACAAUUCGUGUUCUCUCGUUCAAAGUAGCACUGGCCUUAAUGUCAAUGGCAAAUCUAGAUGAGAAAUAUCGAUAUUUAUUCAGUUUGAUAUCUGAUCGUGAUGGUUGUGUAGAUGAGCAACGACUAGGUGCUUUACUAUAUGAAUGUAUACUUAUUCCACGUAAUCUUGGUGAAACUGGACAAUUUGGAAAUGAAGAUUUUAAUCAUUGUGUAAAAACGUGUUUCCAACAAGUGCUCGAAAUUUCAAAGCACUCGGAUAAAGUAGACGGAACUUUAACAUAUCAUUCUAAACCAUCAGCAAGGAUUGUUCAUUUCUUAACAUGGCUUCGUUUAAAUCCACAAAUGUUAACAUGGCUACCGUUAUUACAUCGUCUUGCUUUAUCUGAACAAGUAAUCCAUCAUAUACGCUGUAGUGUAUGCCAUAAUCAACCUCUUGUUGGACUGAGAUAUCGUUGUCUGCGCUGUCUAAAUUUUGACAUGUGUCAGCAGUGCUUUUUUGCUGGAAGAACAUCUCGUAAUCACAAGCUAACACAUCCAAUGCAAGAAUACUGUAGUCAUUCAACAUCCACAGAUUCAUUUAAAGAUUUCACGCGGAUUGUGAGAAAUCGUUUUCGAUCUAGAGAUCGAUUGAAUGAAGAAAGUGAACGUCGCAAAUUAAAUAAUACAAGCGGUCAAAAAGUUCGACGAUCAAGUACAAGUCGUACAAGAUGUAAACGCAAUAGCUUGAAUAGUUUCGAUGAAGAUAAACCACGUCCAGCACCAACUUACAGCCAAGAUCCAUUCUCCGAUUUUGCUGAAUAUCAAAAUUUAGACACUCCAUUCAUUAACGAUCAAAAAUGUUCAUAUCGAAACUCGAUAUCGAAUACACAAUCACCUCAGCAUUAUUUUGUAAACGAAACAACGAAUAACUACGGCAGUGAUAAGAAUCAACAUCCCUCUCCAAAUUGUAGACCAUUAUCAAAUGUAGCUGUGCCUUCAAGUCAUUAUUCAAUGCCACCACGUGCAUCUUCUGAUACUCAGUCUUCAAUGGCAAGACAGAAAAACCUUAAUCCAAAUUUAUUUACAACACCACCAUUAGCAACAACAACUCCGUCACCCCAACCUUUACAGUUAAGCUCAAGAUUAAGAACUGACAUUGCUUGUAAUUAUAAUCCAACUGGUGAACGUGUAAAUAUUCAACAAUAUCAUGGAGAUAAUGAAGAACACAAAUUGAUUGCACGUUAUAGUCAAGAAUUACGACAGUAUAGUGAACCUGAAUUGCCUCACAUGCAACAAACAUCAAUACUUCAACCAAUGUCUUGUUCCACUGGUCCUAUGAUCAUGGAAAGAUCUACCAUAUCAGAUGGUAUCUCAUCAAAUGUUCCAGGUAUGGAUGGUGAACAUACACAACCUUUCAUCAGUGGACAUCUUAGUCUGGACCGACGCCAAAUCGAUAGGGGGAUAGGUUUUCCACCAUUAAAUUUUGGAAAUCCUGCACUACGUGGAUCUUUUUCUGGAUGGACACCGCGUGCUUUGAAUGGUACUUCACGCAUUGACAAUCAAUAUGGACCAACUGGUCAUUUGGCUCAAACACCUUAUCAGAGUUCUAUGCGUCAAGAUAUUAAUCCAGAUAUUUAUGCACGUCAUAUUCAACGUACAUUUUCCCUCAGAGCUAGAUCACAACCUCCACCUGAGGUUCAAGAAACAUUGUGGAAACCUAUCGGUAACACAAAUAUACUUCCACAUUCUCCGGCCUAUCUUACAAACCAUCCAAUUCAACAAUUACAACAACAGCCCACUGGAAAAAUACAACAGACUGUUCGAUCGCUUGAAGAUGAACAUCGUGCUUUACAGUAUGAAUAUGAUCGUUUACGGCAAAAAUCUGCAACUCCUACUAAUAUAUCAGGAUCGCAUGGUACAAUGAAUAGAAUACAAUAUUCACAACAACGUGUCAAUGCAAGAAUACCUCAUCCAAAUCAUUUAUUUUAUCCUCAACCAGUCCAGUCCACAGAAAUAGGACGUGUAAAUAGUAUGCAAAGAACUAUAACUCCAACUAAUUCGCCGUGUAGAACACUAUCAAUUAAUAGUAGUCAUUUUUCAUCAGGUCCGCUACAUUCAGGCAUUGCACCUUUAUCAACACAAAAUUUACUCGGACGUGGGAAUAGUUCUUCUCACGAACUUGGAUAUAUGGCCGACCAAUAUAGUACAGAUUUGCCAGCGGUACCAUUCAAAUAUCAAGGACAUAUGAAUGAAGCAAUAUUGGUUGGUGGUGUAGCCAAUGAAUCACAUCAAGAAUCCCGAUUAUUAUGGGAACAUAAAGGACGCCUUGAGGCUAGAAUGGUAAUGCUUGAAGAACAUAAUCGACAACUUGAACAACAGUUACAACGUCUUCGACAGUAUCUUGUCAGUGGAAAUUCCGUACCUGGUCCGAUUCAAUUACAUAAUACAAAUUAUUCAGGAGAAUAUAUUCAUGGUGGAAUUGGUAGUGAAAACCAUGUUAGCAUACAUCAACGUUCUUCAUCUGGUGGUAUGAAUAAAAAUGAUUAUAAAAAUUGUUCAGGAAGUGUUGGCCAAUUAAUUGGAACCCCAAUGGAAUCAAAUCAACAAUAUAAUACUAACAGACAACUUACGCAAAGAUCACAUUCAGAGAGAUCUCCAGAGAACCCUAAACAUUCACUUUCAUGUCGUAUAACUGACGAUAUGAUUCCUGACAUUUCGCAACGAAAACCUGAAUUAGGACAAUAG